AAAAAAAAAAAGAGCAUCUUAUCAACACUUUGCAGAAUAAAUGUUGAUGCUCAGCUAUUGAUCAAAUUCACAUAUUUUUUAUUAAAUAAUCAAAUAAUAUGCACACAGGUGACACCAACUUUGUAUCUUCUUGAUUUCUCAUGACCCUGCCCUAGGUGCUGUUUACCUUUGGUGAUGCAGCUACUGCUGGUAUAGGGACCGCGCACUUGGUUGUCUUGUCACCUGAUCUGUUCCAUCAGAUUCAUCAACAAUAUGAAACCUAAAAAUCAAACAAGUUUUUCUGGAUUCCUUCUCCUGGCACUGACGGAGGAUCCGGAACUGCAACCCCUUCUCUUUGCCCUGUUUCUGUUCAUAUAUCUGGUCAUUGUCCUGGGGAACCUGCUCAUCAUCCUGGCUGUCAGCUCUGACCCUCACCUCCACACCCCCAUGUAUUUCUUUCUUGCCAAUCUGUCCGUCACUGACAUCUGUUUCAGCACCACCAUGAUCCCAAACAUGCUGGUGAAUCUCCAAACACAGAAUCAGAGCAUCACAUAUGCAGGCUGCCUCACCCAGGUCUGCUUUGUCUUGGUUUUUGCUAGUUUGGAAAGUUUUCUCCUGGGAGUAAUGGCCUAUGACCGCUAUGCGGCCAUUUGUCACCCACUGACAUACACAGCCAUCAUGAACCCCCUCCUCUGUGGUCUGCUGAUUCUACUCUCCUUGUCCAUUACCACUGUGGAUGCCUUGAUCCACAGUCUCAUAGUGUUGAACCUGUCUUUCUGCACAGACCGGACAAUCCCCUACUUCUUCUGUGAAGCUUUUCAGAUCAUCAAGAUUGCCUCCUCGGAUACCCUCCUCAAUAGCAUCUUUUUAUAUUUGGCAGCUACCAUACUAGGUGGUGUUCCUCUCUCUGGAAUCAUUUUCUCUUAUACUCAAAUUGUCUCCUCCAUUUUGAGAAUGCCUUCAGCAGGUGGAAAGUAUAAGGCUUUCUCCACCUGUGGGUCCCACCUCUCAAUUGUUUCCUUGUUCUAUGGGACAGGCUUAGGUACAUGUGUUAGUGCCGCAUUUACACACUCUUCCAGGAAGACUGCAGUAGCUUCAGUGACGUACACUGUGGUCACUCCCACGAUGAACCCCUUCAUCUACAGCCUGAGAAACAGGGACAUGAAGGGAGCCUUGAAGAACAUUUUCAAGUGCAUACCUGCUUUUCCGUGAUUAAAUUAUCUGCUUUGGGCCUGGAUUUCUAGUUUGCAUCAAAGCGAAAAAAUACUUAUGAGCUAGAAUCCCCAACUGUCCUAUAACCAGGUUUUCUAAAAUGACAAAAUAACAUAAUGGCUAAGCAGCUAAGAAACCAAAUGACACAUGGCAUUGGGCAAAUCUGCUGCAAAAGACCUCUUUAAAGUGUUGAAAAGCAAAGAUAUUACCUUGACGACUAAGAUGCACCUGACCCAAGCCAUGGUGUUUUCAGUCCCCUCCUAUGCGUGUGAAAACAGGACAAUGAAUAAGAAAGACCAAAGAAGAAUCAAUGCCUUUGAAUUGUGUUGUUGGAGAAGAAUAUUGACUAUAUCAUGGACUACCAAAAGAAGGAACAAAUCUGUCUUAGAAGAAGUACAAUCAGAAUGCUCCUUAGAAGCAAGGAUAGCAAGACUACGUCUCACACACUUUGGACAUGUUAUCAGGAGAGAUCAGUCUCUCGGGAAGGACAGCAUGCUUGGUAAAGUAGCGGGUCAACAAAAAUGAGGAAGACCCUCAAUGAGAUGGACUGACACAGUGACUAUCACAAUGGACUUAAGCAUACCAAGGAUUGGGAGGAUGACUCAGGACCAGGCCAUGUUUCGUUCUGUUGUGCAUAGGGUAGCUAUGAGUCUGAACUACUCGAUGGCUCCUAACAACGACAAUAACAAGUGCAAUUCAACUUGGGAUUGGACCCUGACUCUGCUCCUUGUGUAACCUCGGUUUCUUUCUUUCUUCUUCUUCUUUUUUUUUUUGGUCAAGUUCUAUAGAAGCAGUGCCUGAGGCAGGUGUUUUGUUAUGUGACUUUGGGGGGCAGCAGAAGGGAAGUGGGUGGAGGUGAGGGGGGCCGGAAAAAGGAAAAAGUAAGGCUGUAGGAAUAGCCAGAGACUAGCUUCAGUUUGAUCCCAUGGCUAGAGCCAUGUGAAUGGAAACCUAGAGUUAGUCCCAAUGUGAGGGAUGGGAGCUUACUUUUCAUGCCCCGAUUAGUAGUUACUGAGACAUGUCACUGGUAAACUGUAUGUGUCCAGGGUAACGUCAGCAUUCACUGUAUUCAGUUUCAUUAUGUAUAAAAUGAUCAAAAUUAGAUGCUCUCAGAAGACUGUGAAAUACCUGAACCUUUUCAGUAAGAAAGGCUUCAGUUCUAAUAAGAAAAUAUAAACUGUACUGUAACAUGCUUUCAUUACAAGGACUUCCUUACAAGGACUUGAGAGUUAGAGAAUGCACAAAAACAGGAGAGUAGGGCUUCAUUCAGUCUCCUACAAGGUGGCUCCAUCCUAGGACGGCUGCAACAGAUCCAGGCAUCAUAUCCACACAUGAUGCUCCGAGACGCAAAACUGACCUACUCUGGGCCUAUUGUUAAUAGAGGUCUAUUGUUAAUAGACGUUUCCAUGGAGUCAUACAGAAGACAUCUCCUCCUGUCUCAUCACUUUGGAUAGCAUCAUACAUCCCUUCCUCAUCAAAUUUCUGGUAUGGGGAAAAGCAAGUACUAUGACAGGCUCAGACUGACCAUGCAGAUUGUAUUUCCUGUUGGGAAGUGAAUCCCUGCAACCACUAAAAUCACUUAAUACAAUGGCUGACACAUAAUUCUCAAUACAAUCCAACUGGGAUCAUUGUGUUCUACACGUUACCAUUAUUUAUAAGGCUUGUUAUUCCUUGCUCUCAAAUACUUCUACCACUUGAUUCAGCAGUUUUAUUAGUUUACCUUUAAUGUAAUAUCUUUCAGUAGGUUUUACUAGUCUUAAUAAUAUAAUCAAAUGAAUAAUUAUUCAGUAGGCUGGGUUGGGUUGAUAGUUGUCAUGGAUUGAAUUGUGUCCCCUCAAAAUAUCUGUCAACUUGGCUAGGUCAUGUUUCCCAGUAUUGUAUGAUUAUCUACCAUUUUGUCAUCUAAAGUGAUUUUCCUAUGUGUUGUAAAUCCUAUUAAUAUGAUGUUCAUGAGAGGGAUUAGGAGCAGUUACAUUAGAUAGUGCCUUAAUCCAAUCUCUUUUUAUUUUUUUAAUAAUUUUUAUUCUGCUUUAAGUGAAAGUUUAAAAAUCAAGUCAGUCUGUCACAUAUAAGCUUAUAUACACCUUACUGCAUGCUCCCACUUGCUCUCCCCCUAAAGAGUCAGCCCUUCCAGUCUCUCCUUUCAUGACAAUUUUGCCAGUUUCUAACCCUCUCUACCCUCCUAUCUCCCCUCCAGACAGGAGAUGCCAACACAGCCUUGAGUGUCCACCUGAUACAAGUAGCUCACUCCUCAUCAGCAUCUCUCUCCAACCCAUUGUCCAGUCCCUUCCAAGUCUGAUGAGUUGUCUUCGGGAAUGAUUCCUGUCCUGGGCCAACAGAAGGUUUGGGGACCAUGACCACCAGGAUUCCUCUAGUCUCAGUCAGACCAUUAAGUCUGGUCUUUUUAUGAGAAUUUGGGGUCUGCAUCCCUCUGAUCUCCUGCUCUCUCAGGGGUUCUCUGUUGUGCUCCCUGUCAGGGCAGUCAUCGGUUGUGGCCGGGCACCAUCUAGUUCUUCUGGUUUCAGGAUGAUGUAAGUCUCUGGUUCAUGUGGCCCUUUCUGUCUUUUGGGCUCAUAGUUAUUGAGUUACCUUGGUGUUCUUCAUUCUCCUUUGAUCCAGGUAGGUUGAGACCAACUGAUGCAUCUUAGAUGGCCGCUUGUUAGCAUUUAAGACCCCAGACGCCACAUUUCAAAGUGGGAUACAGAAUGUUUUCAUAAUAGAGUUAUUUUGCCAAUUGACUUAGAAGUCACAUUAAGCCAUAGCCCCCAAGCCCCGCCCUUGCUUUGCUGACCUUCGAAGCAUUCAGUUUAUCCUGGAAACUGCUUUUGGUCCAGUCCAGUUGAGCUGACUUUCCGUUUAUUGAGUAUUGUCCUUCCCUUCACCUAAAGUAGUUCUUAUCUACUAACUAAUCAGUAAAUAGCCCUCUCCCACCCUCCCUUUCUCCCCACCUCGUAACCACAAAAGUAUGUGUUCUUCUAGUUUAUACUAUUUCUCAAGAUCUUAUAAUAGUGGUCUUAUACAAUAUUUGUCCUUUUGCCUCUGACUAAUUUCGCUCAGCAUAAUGCCUUCCAGGUUCCU